GGUCGGUUUUUCUAUUCCCCUCUUUCCUCUCUUCUUAUCCGUGACGUCUCUUUGCUAUUUCUUCCCCGUCUUCCCUGGCUCGGCUUCUGCAGCGGAUUCCUCUCGUUUUGCCGCGUCUCGCCUCCCCUCCUCGCCUCCCGUUUCACUCAACCGCAGGGUCGGUUGCGUAGCUUUCCAACACAAACAUAAUUCCUGAGUUGAGGGUUCGCAAAGGUCGCUACACGCAUCGAUUUCCGAUUUGACCACAGUGCUACUUGCAUCUUCUCAUCUAUGAUAGUCUCAACAUCGUUUGAUCUGUAUUAGUUAAUCAUCAUCAUGGCUGCCAGGCCUCCUCCAUCGCCUCCGGCCAACGAGACGGAGCAUUUCGUCAGUCGAAUUACCCGUGAGGGAAAGAGGCUCACAUACAUGCUGAAAGUGAUGCAACAACCCGAGCGGGCAAGAGCAUGCGGUGCUGGCGCCAAAUCUUCUGCCGACCGCCGUCCUGUUGAUCCCCCACCGGUUGUGGAGUUGCGUAUCUACGAAUCCGACCCCAACGCCGAAAUGCCCGGUACGGACAUCACUUUCGCUUAUAACGCCAAUUUCUUCCUUUACGCUACCUUGGACAACGCACGCCCAAUGGCACAAGGGAGACUUGCCCCGGCUCCGACUUUCCCAGUCCUCACCGGCGUACCCGUGGCCGGAGUCGCCUAUCUGGAUCGCCCAGCUCCGGCAGGGUAUUUCAUCUUCCCGGAUCUCUCGGUGCGUCACGAAGGUCUUUACCGGCUCAGUUUCCAUCUUUACGAGGAGACCAAGGAGACCAAGGAUACGGAUGGGGGGUCGCCGAUCCAAUCGCCAAUGCUCAAGACAAAUCCCUGCAAGCCUACGACGCCGAAGUCAUUCUUGGAAUUUCGUCUCGAGGUUGUCUCGGUCCCAUUCACGGUUUUCAGCGCCAAGAAGUUCCCUGGCCUGACAAGCAGUACAUCUCUAAGUCGUAUCAUUGCGGAACAAGGCUGCCGUGUCCGAAUCCGGCGAGACGUUCGUAUGAGACGUCGCGGAGACAAACGAUCCGACGACUACGAUUUCGAGGACGAUAGAAUGAUUGGCAGCCGGCAUGAUUAUUAUUCCACGCCUGAUACUUUCCCGGCCCCGGCGGAACGUCAACGAUCGACCAGCAUUAUCACCGUUGAUCAAGCUUUCGUACCCGAGGCCUCGCGCCGGCCAUCUGCGACGGAGUACGGCAUCCAGAACUCGCAGCCCUACCAGCGUCCUAUCCCUCAUGCGCCAGCACCACUCCCGUCUUCUACUCCUUCUCCCGCUGCCCCAACUGCAUCCUCGGCUCAGAGCCCCGUGUAUCAAUCCCAUUUAUCUUUCGGGUCAACGCAGACGCAGUAUUCCGCCCCCCAGUUACCAAGAAUGCCGCCAUCGGGAUCGACGCCAACCACCGCGCAUUCACCUCACCCGACGCACUCUCACUCGAGAAACCCUUCAACCAGUACCGAACACGAAAAAUCCUCGGUUGGCUCGAUCUCCUUACCACCGAUCCCUUUACCGCCUAUGCGUUUGGAUCCGCCACAGCCAACGCCAUCGCCCACUGAAACGCGUUCGUCCGAUCCUUCCGUAUAUCAGGCAGCCGCUCCAUCUACGACCGUCCGGCCUACACUCAGCGUUCAGACCCUUCCGCCGAUCAGCUCCUUUGACAUCAAAAGCAAUAUUCCUCAGUCGCGCAACAACACCGCUUCCAGUCCUAAUACUGAGGUAACACCGAGCAAACGACUUUACUGGGACACGACUCCUGGAUCAACAACAUAUUUCAAGCGAACACACGAAGAAUCCUUUGGCCAUGCCGAGCGCCCACUGUACAACGGUAUGCGCCCAGAUACAGACACAUACCCUCAUGGCGACCGACGACUUCCCGAUGCCGGCCGGGAGGCAUCGUACAGCCUAGCUCGGGACGAAAUGGCAUAUAAGCGAGCCAAUGGCAGGAUAGUCACCAAGAUCUCUCCGGCUAUGCAAUAACAUCGACCCAGCUGCUAGCAUUAAGCUUUGCUUUUUUCUUCUUUUUUUCUCCCUGCGAACUUUGAGGCAUCAUUUUAUAUAGGACGGCGUCUUGGCGAAGUUGGCCGUUGAAUUGACCGAUAAUCUUCUUUUCGCGUGACGAGGAUUUUUGGAAGGGCAAUUUGAUUCAAAAAGAGGAGGGUUUUGUUUUCAUUUCAUUGUCAUGCCAGCAGGCAUGACGUCUAUACCACACUUUUACUCUUCUUGUUUUACCUUCUGUUGUAUAUGA